UCCCAUCCUAGUCGCCGUCGCAGGUCUGGAAGACUGAGAAAGAAACUGGAGGAGGAGGAGGAGGAGGAUGGCGAGCUGAGCCGAGGACAGGGGCUGGCUUUCGCUCCCUCCUCUUAGUCUUCCAUCUACGUGCAUCUUCUUUUCCCCUCUCUCUCCCUCCGUUAUUUCUUGGGUAGGUAGGGAGCUGCUGUCCUGUCUCGGUGCGGCAUCGCCGGGCGGGGGACGGGGGACGGGGACGGGGUUGGGAUAUGGCGAGGGCGCGCGUCCCGCUCGUCUUGCAUCUGGCCUGCUUCACCUUCUUCUGCUGUAUCGCCCGUCUCGUUGGGGCUCAAGGCUCAUAUUGCCCUGUUGGUUGGAAAGCUGGUCCCAGUAAGAAUAAAUGCUUCAUAUAUGUAGGAAGUUCCCUUCCUUGGGAUAGGUCCGAGGUGCACUGUCGGGAUCUUAAUGGUCAUUUGGCAGCACUCACGUCAGUUCAGGAGUUCAGUUUUGCUCAGUCUUUGUGUGCUGAUAGUUUCAGAGGGUGUUGGGUUGGAGGAAGGGGCCACAAUUCUUCUCUUGGUUUUGGUUGGAAAUGGUCUGACAAUGAGUCUCAUUGGAAUGAAUCAGUUUUCCAUGGGAAGCCAUUUCAUAUCAACUGUACAAAAGCUUCAUGCACCAGCAUCAACCCAACUGAUUCAUGUACUUUGGUAACUAAGGAUCAUGUUGCCCUCGUUGGAGAAAGAUGCAACACAUCUCAUAAACUUAUUUGCAUGAUUGAUCAGGAGAAGAAAUGUCACCAAAAGCUCUGCCACAAAGAAUAUUUCAUAAUCCUUGCAGUUGUGAGUGGUUUGAUUCUUUCAACCACUUUAGCAGUAGUGAUAUGGCUCCUUGUACACAGGAGGAGCAAGAAACGCAGACGAUCACGCAAGGUACCUAGUCCUUCAGCAGCUGCAUUAGUUCCUCCAUCAUGGAAAGUGUUUACCAAUGAAGAGCUGAGAUCAAUUACAAAGAAUUUUAGUGAAGGAAAUCGACUUCUUGGAGACGCCAGGACAGGUGGAACAUAUAGUGGACUCUUGCCAGAUGGGUCAAGGGUGGCAGUUAAGAGGCUGAAGAGGUCUAGCCUUCAAAGGAAAAAGGAGUUCUAUUCUGAAAUUGGAAGAGUCGCAAGGCUUCAUCAUCCUAAUUUGGUGGCUGUAAAAGGUUGUUGCUAUGAUCAUGGUGAUCGCUAUAUUGUUUAUGAGUUUGUUGCUAAUGGGCCAUUGGAUAGAUGGCUGCACCACAUUCCCCGGGGGGGUAGGAGCUUGGACUGGGCAAUGAGAAUGAGAGUUGCCACAACUCUUGCUCAAGGAAUUGCUUUUGCGUGGUUGAGUCAAAUUCAAACUGCUCUUCUCCACAUUGUUAAGGCAAUUACUGGGACUGGUUUUAUUCAAGCUGGUGAUAUGUUCCUGCAUGACAAGGUGAAACCGCAUGUGGUACACCGGGAUAUCCGUGCUAGCAAUGUACUUCUUGAUGAAGACUUCGGAUCACAUCUCAUGGGGGUAGGCCUGUCCAAGUUUGUACCGUGGGAAGUUAUGCACGAGAGGACUGUGAUGGCGGGAACAUAUGGAUAUCUUGCUCCGGAGUUUGUAUACAGAAAUGAGCUGACAACAAAGAGUGAUGUGUAUAGUUUCGGGGUACUGCUUCUGGAGAUCAUCAGUGGCCGUCGGCCAGCACAGGCUGUUGAAUCUGUGGGUCGGCAGACUAUUUUUGAAUGGGCAACUCCUCUGGUUCAAACUCAUAGGUAUGUGGAGCUUCUUGAUCCCCUCAUCUCAGACAUUCCUGAGGUUGGGGUUAUACAAAAGGUGGUGGAUCUCGUGUAUGCCUGCACCCAACAUGUCCCAUCCGUGCGACCAAGGAUGUCACAUGUGGUCCAUCAACUGCAGCAGAUAGGAUUGAAAGCUGCAUCAGAGCAGCCAAGGAGUGGGACAAGCACUAACGCCACCUCCCCAGUGUUGCCAUUUGAGGUGGAGACAGCCCGGUGAGCUUUGUAUGCAUGGCUUUCCUGUAUCUUUUAAUGUGGAUUAAAUGGUAAUGUCUUGUUUGUGAAGUAUCAACAGUUGAAUCAGUUGUUUUGUACUGGGGUAAUUGGAAAGGAACAUUGCAAGCGAGAUGCAUAUUUGUAACAUCCAGGCUAGAAAUUAUGGAAGGGCAGCUGUAUUCGACAGCUUCUUUAUAUACUUCUAACAGGUUUUAGAGU